GUCAUGUUGUGAUUGAUGCUGGCACAAACAGCACCAUCAGAUCAAGUUCCGCGAGUGGACCACUUCCGUCCUAUCGAGAAGUAUUACAGGCGCCGCGGCGAUGGGCACAAGAAUUCAAAGCAGCGCCGUCGCGAGCGACAUCAGAACACGGAUGGCGGCGUUGAUUACUCUGACGUGAUUGACGUGCAUUGCCUGGAGAGAAAUACCGAAGCACAGCGUAUCCGCAUUCGCCGCGUUCCACUUUCUCCGCAUGCUACUUCCAUUCCUGGUGCCAUUCUAUCUCCGAAGCACGCAGAAAUGUUCGAAAUCGACGGCCUUCCUGGCCUUUGUAUCCUCAUCAACGCCAUGCCGCGAUCGACGCAAGUGGAAUGGGCCUUUCGCGCGGUGCGGGAGUACUCUCAAAACCCAUUCACAAACGUGUCGAAUUUGACGAAAGAGCGAGACGCAACCAAGAAUAUGUGGAAGCAUGCAUGGAAAGAACCCUGCGAAGCGUCAUGGAAAGCCUUCCACGCGUUGAGGUGGGCGAAUGUCGGGCGUCAUUACGACUGGACCGAGCGGGAGUACUUAGACACGCCAGACAUGCCGCCUUUGCCGCUGGAACUCGAGCAGCUCGUUCACGAAGUGUUUGAGAUGACAGGGAUGCUGGCCACGUGCAAAGCGGCCGAGUCGGGGAUAGUCAACUUUUAUCCUGCUGGCACCAUGAUGGGCGGGCACUUGGACAAUGCCGAAGACGACAUGGUGAACCCGAUUGUGUCGUUGAGUCUGGGCACCCAAUGCAUUUACUUGCAAGGGGGCUUGACGAGAGAAACCCCUCCAACCCCACUCUGGUUGUACAGCGGUGACAUUGUGAUCAUGGCGGGAGAGGCGCGGCGGUCCUUUCACGGUGUCCCCCUCGUGACGUCGAUCCUUCCCGAUGAAUUUUCAAACGCCAUGGAUGAACUUGCCGCGUCGAAUACGAUGAUGGACCCUCGUGAGUUUCGAGCAUUUCGGGAAUACAUCGCCAGUGCCCGCGUCAACGUCAACCUUCGACGAGUGCGAAGCGACUGAAUAGCACGAGGGUGAAGUCAUGUAGUACAACAUCCUUCCUAUUCAUAACGUUAAGGUCGAAUCGACAUUUGUGUUGGAUGAUCGCGCCUUGUGAGUAUGCCAGAUGUAUACUGCUGCUACUCCGGAGUAACAUGACGCUUUGAGAUUGUCCUUGCAACAAAGGAGUGUACAGAAGGGCACUGCGAGACGAGGUAGCGCCGUUUCGGAGGUUCCUAGGUGAGAAGGAGAUUGGGUGUACGCCGGUGUAUUACCAUGGGAAGCUACCGCGCGCCGCCCGCUCUCCACCCUACCGAGCCGAUCGCUUCAAGCGGCCGACUUUCGCACUUCUGCGCUGAAUUGUUGACAAGACAGAUGAUCUUCAAC